AUGAACAACAAGGAAGUCGAAUUGUACGGAGGCGCUAUCACUACUGUCGUUCCACCGGGGUUCAUGGACGCUUCUUCUCUGAGAGAAGUCCCCGAUACGCAAGAGGUGUACGUCAAUUCCCGUCGCGAUGCAGAAGAAUUUGGAGAUGGGUUAGCCACCAAUGAGAGCAUCAUCGUGGACCUCUUGGAGACAGUUGACAAGGCCGAUCUGAAGAAAGCCUGGGAGUUCCAUGUGGAAGAUCUGACCGAACUGAACGGCACCACCAAAUGGGAAGCAUUACAAGAAGACAUUAUUCAGCAAGGGACUAAGCUCACCGGACUCGUUAUGGAAGUAGCAAAUAAGUGGGGGAAACCAGAUCUCGCACAGACCGUUGUCAUUGGUGUAGCGUUGAUCAGACUGCCCCAGUUUGACACGGAUGCAGUCAUCUCCAUCAAUGUACCUUUGACGAGGGAGGAGGCGUCGAAAGCAAGCAACAAAGUGUUGCCUUUAAGAUGCCAUGCUGUCUAUCAAUUAUUGCAAGAAAUGGUACAGAAGUUUCACGUUGUGGACACGUCGCUCUUUGCGUAA